CAGUAUCCAGGAAUGGACCACUCUCUGUUUCUCCUGUUCUUCUCAGGUUGGUGUUAGUGUGUGUUCGUGUGUGUUAGUGUGUGUUCGUGUGUGUUCGUGUGUGUUAGUGUGUGUUCGUGUGUGUUCGUGUGUGUGUUCGUUUUACAUGGCUGUUAGUGCUCAAGUUCUAUUUCUGGAGCCCGGCAGGCGAACGCUGAAUGCCCCGCUCCAAACCGACGGCGAGGUCGGGUAUGAGGGGUGGAAUCCCAAACAAAAUAACAAUAGAACGCAUGCGGUGUCUACAAACUACGUUCUAAUCCAUGAUGAACUAUUUCAACACGCUAUUAGCAUCAGACAGAUGGAACAGUGUCAUGGUGCUGUCUGGGAAACUAGAUUUUUAGAUUUGUCUGAAAAUGUUUCCUUAUUUGUUGUGUUUUAGUUAGUGACAACAUUCGCCGUGCCCCGGCUCUACAGCCUCGAUUACAAAGACAAACUCUUCCUUCAUCACUUACAUUUACAUUUACAUUUACGCCAUUUAGCAGACGCUCUUAUCCAGAGCUUACAUAGUUCGCCGUCCCCUGGAUGUGUAAAAUGAAAUCGCCCAGCGUCUGUCUGUAUGUCUGUCUGUCUGUCUGUCUGUCUGUCUGUCUGUCUGUCUGUCUGUCUGUCUGUCUGUCUGUCUGUCUGUGUCAGUCUACCAUGAGAUAUGCAUGCCUAAAUCCAAUUUCUAUUAGCAUUGAUAUCAACGGUUAGUUUGUGUGUUCAAGUUAGUGUGUGUGUGUGUGUGUGUGUGUGUGUGUGUGUGUGUGUGUGUGUGUGUGUGUGUGUGCGUGCAUGCGUUUGUGCAUGUGUGUUUUUUUUGUACAGUCAUAAUGUUGGUUUGUUCUCCACAGGGCUGUCCAUCCUCCCCUCCAGCGUCCCUCAUCAGUUCCACUUUGUGAACAUCAAUAAGACCUGGACUGAAGCUCAGAGUUUCUGCAGACAGAAAUACACUGACCUGGCCACCGUAGACGACAUGGCAGACAUGGAGAGGCUCAACAGCACAGUAACUGGGUUAACUGGGUUAACUGGGUUAACUGAACCAGCCUGGAUAGGGCUGUAUAACCGCAGCUGGAGGUGGUCUCUGGAAGACACAGAGUUAGACACAGAGGGGUUUUGGGAAAUUGGCCAACCAAAUAAUAUACGGAAAAAUGAGUUCUGUGUGUGGAUGCGAAAUGGGUCAUGGCAUGACGACAACUGUGGUAAACCAUAUGAUUUUGUCUGCUAUGGUGAGUUCCCCUGUCAGUCAGCCUUUUCACUGACCUUCCUUCCAUCUUUCUGCAUGUCAACCAGUCAAACACCAAAGUGAUUGGAUUCAGUCAACAGAAUCAUUUUGAAAAGUAUUUUUCUACCAGGUUAUUUCCAACCGUGUAUUUGUCUGUAUGAACCUAUGUAUUUACUGGAACAUGAUAUUUUACAUCUUAUCGCUUCUUUUAUACCUUAUUGUCUUUCAAAUAGACACAAAUCCCACUGAUAAGUACAUCGUCAUCACUGAAAAGAAGACUUGGAGUGAGGCUCAGAGCUACUGUCGGAAGAACCACAAAGACCUGGCCAGUGUGAAGGACCUCACCAUACAGAACAUCAUACAGGCAAGUUCACUCCAAUUUAUUGACCUUAUUUGUCUUGCACUUUGAGCACUGUGUUAAAAACAUAAUCAGCAUUUGCAAAACGUUUACAGAACAAUGUGGUGCCAACUAAAGAAGUGUGGAUCGGCCUGUAUAGAGAGUGGAGGUGGUCCGACCAGAGUGGCUCACCCUUCAGCAACUGGAUGGCAGACGAGCCAAACGGGGUAGAUGCGGGAGAACAGCAUGGAGAGUUGUGUGUGGAAGUUAAGUUCCCAUCUGGACAGUGGAAUGAUCACAUUUGUAGCACCAAACAUCCUUUUAUCUGCUAUGAUGGUGAGUGGGGGGGGGGGGGGGGGGGGGGGGGGGGGGUGUUUAGGGGGGUUGGGUUGUGGGGGGGGGGUUAUAUCUUUCUCAGUAUGGCUGGGUUGGGGUGGUUUGAGUUUUUUUGGUGGAGGGUUGGGUGUGGUGUCUGUAUCGGUCUGCACGUGGUUUUUUUUGUUUUUUGUUUGUUGGUUGUUUAUUUUUUUUUUUUUUUGUUUUUUUUUUUUUUUGGUUUUUUUUUUUUUCUUACUGUUUUGUUUUUUGUUUUUUGUUUUUUUUUUUUUUUGGGGUUUUCUUUAUAUAAAUUUUAUUUUUUUUAAAUUUUUUUUUUUUUAGCUUUUUAAAUUUUUUUUUUUUUUUUUUUUUUUUUUUUCCCCGGGGAAAUUUUUUCCCCAAAUGGUGGGGGUUUUUCCCCCCCUGCCUUGGGGAAAAUUUUUUUUUUUUUUUUUCCUGGUUUUUUUUUUUCCCAAAAAAGAAACACAACCCUGUUUUUCGGUUAAAAUUUUCGCCAAUUUCAAACGUUUAAAAAAGUAACAAAGAUUGGAUUUUGAAGUCCUUUAAAAGAUUCCCUGAGUCCAAAUUUCUAUAUACCUGGAGUGUGGGACCUAAACUAAUGAUUUUUCUAUUUUUUUUUUUUGUCUUAAUUUACUUUCACUAUAAUUUCAAUCUUUAAAAAGUUGGGGAAAAGUUUUGUCUGAAGAUAAGCCUGCCAGUGUGGACCUCACCUAAAACUAUUGGCAAGUUCACUAAUUUGUUACCUUAUUGUUUUUUGUCUAUGUUUAAAAAUACUUUCAAUUACAACAAUGUUUUGCAACUAAGAAGUGUGGAUCGGCUGUGUUGGGGGGUGGGGGGGUCGAGGGUGGGCUCCCUUGAUGGAUGGGGGGGGGGGGGGUAGUGGUUUGGGUUUGGGGGGUGGUUGUGUGUGGAAGUUAAGUUCUUGGUGGGUUUUUUGUUUUUUUUUUAUUUUUUUUGUGGUGGUGGGUUGGGGGUGUGUUUGGGGUGUGUUUCCUCCAGAUAAAUGGUCCUGGUCCCAGAGAACAAGACGUGGUCAGAAGCCCUGUGGCACUGCAGAGACCUGGACAUGGAGCUGGUGUCUGUCCACAACCAGAGCGUCAGCACUGGUCCGACAGAGAGCCAAGAAUGCCUCCACUCCCUUCGUCUGGCUGGGCCUGAGGUACACCUGUACCCUGGACUUCUGGUUCUGGGUCAGUGGAGAAGAGUCCUGCUACCACAACUGGGCCGACGGGGAGGGCUACAACACUGGCAAGGAGCAGUGUGGGAACACAGGGGCCAUACAGAGAGACGGGGGGCAGUGGGUCGGCAAGCCUGAGACUGAAAGAUUCAACUUUAUCUGCAGCAAUGAU